UACAUCUUUGUGCUUUUUGCCUUUUUCUGUCUUUUUAUCGAAGCUGCAGCAGGAUUGGAGGGCGGGGGGGGGGGGUUGUGCGGACGGGGCUUUCUCCGGGGUUUAUUUUUCCCUUGUGCAACUCGUGUGCCGCGGCGACCGAAUGGAUGCACGGUGCUGGCACCGCGGAGUUUGCGGGGGGUGUCCGUGUGCGUGUGCGUGUGCGUGUGUGUGUGUGUCCUGCCCGCGGCGCCCGCAGGGGAGGGGGCUGCUUUGCUUUGCUGGAAGUAAUAAAGAAAUUUGCAACCGGUCCAGAAACCCCACUGACUUGCCGACGGAUGGGUGUCGGAACAAAGCUAGGGGCUGAGGCUCGGGAUGUUUGUGCCUUUGCGCGGGGAGGAGAUGGAUGCGUUUUGCUCGUCCUGCCUCCGACUUUUCCUGAAGUUAAAAUAAAAACGGGGCAGGGGGAGGCUUUGAGGGGAGGGCUGCUUUUCCUGCGGGAGCUGGCGGCGUGCACCCCGCUAGACUUCCAAAAGUUGCGGUGCCACCGCGGCCAGGCGCCUGGCUGCCCCCGCCGUUGUCUGCACCUCUCAAGACCAAAGAUCCGCUGGUGAAAAGGGGAGGCUCAGAGUACCAGGCACACACAAGUCUUAAAGGAGUCUUCCCUUUUGUCUCCAAGGCGAUCAGCCGGUGAAGGGAUCCACCAAUUAAUUAAAAAUUGCGCUGUCUUGAUUGAGUUAUUCCUGCUCGCAUCCCCACCUGCCUAUCAAAAGGCUGGGAAGGGCAGAAGGAAAUUCCUGCUUCCUUCCAGACCCACCAGCCACCGCCUCGCUCGCGUUUUAUCCCAGGCAGCGAAGGAAAUAAAAACGGGAACGGCUGGCGCGGUACCCACAGAGAUCCCUCCCGAAGGAUGCGUCCCUCUCCUGCGCUAACAAACGUGGCCAUCGUUGGACUGUUUGGGAGAAGAAUGAACAGAUUUACAUCGCAGGAAUGGGCCAAAUUGUGGUUGUAACUCCGCGAAGUUGAUGGAGAUCCGUCGGAGAUUAAUUUGGCCCAAAGUCUUGCUCUGGCUCUGUGGGGAAUUCGCUGGAUCCCUGCCUUGGUUGAAACAAGAGGCGUUCGGAUGGGUUUGUUGCGGCUGCAUUACACCCAAGUGGUGGAUCAGAGCAAAAAAUCACCACUGGUUGUAUCCCUGGUGCCAAAGCACCGUAAAUACGCGUAGAUCUGUCAAGUUGUUCACAAUUUCUAUCACAUUUACCACUGAGAACAUUUCAGCGGGGUAGAUUUAUCUGCAGGGGCCGUGCAGAAGGCUCUGCGUGUACUUUGCCAAAGAGGCUUGAGCUCUGUCCUGGCAUCUUGAUGCAGGGAAGCCUUUCUCCCCUUCCCUGGGGCAUUUACGGGAUUUGCACCCAAACGGAGCCCAUGCUAGAAGUGCAAAGCCAAGCCUGGCCAGUGCAAGCCUGGCUGCACGGCUCCGGCUUGUUUUGGGGGGGGAACGUCCUUGGUAAAUCCCUUUGAACCCGAUCCGGGGUUCGGUUUGUUGCCUUGCAGUCAGACCUUGCUUCCUCCUCUUCAUUGUCAUCUCCUCUUAGUCACCGCUCGAUGCCUCACCAGGGGACACCGCUCCUGCCGCAUUAAUGGCAGCGACGAAAAUUUGCACUCAGGGCUCGUGCUGCGGUGGGGAGGGACAUUUAGUGUCAGGGAGCCUCUUCCCAUUCCCAGUCUUCGCUAACGUGCAGGUUUUGCGGAGGGCAGGUCGGGCACCGCACGUGUCCUGUGUGCCGGGGACGCUCCCUGGCAUCCCCGGGUCCCAUCCAAGCUGGGCUACCUCGGCUCCCACCAUCCAGGCUCCCAGGUGGAGAGGGUGAAUGGAAAUGAAGUGCUAAAUGCAGGAGGAAAGACUAAUUUAAAAUGUCUAUGGCCGCUGGCUGGCGAGCACACAGGCACCCCGUGGUCUGUCCCCCAGCUUGCUGCGAGGCACGGCCGUCCCCAUGCGCGGCGUCCUUCGUGCCUAAACCCCAGCACCAGCUAGUCCUGUACCAGCGUGUCCUUCACCAUGACCAGUGCUGUAGGAUCUACAGCUCCUGCUAAUACCGCCACCUUUCACCAGCCCGGCGACUGUAUUCUCUGGAGGAGAGCGUAGUCCUAUCAUAGCAUGUCCUUCACCGUGACUGCUGCUGCGCGAGCGGCACGGCGCGGGGCUCUAAUACCCUGUAAUUCACUGUGACUGCUGUGGCAGGACCUGCACCGCGGUGCGCUGCGGCACGGCUCCGCUGCCUUCGCCUCCUGCCUCGCCUGCUCGCUGCCUGGCCCCGCAGCCGGGGCUGGGACACAGGGCACGGGUGGCAGCAGCGGUGACGGGGACGUCGGAGCCGCUCCAAGGGUGCCGAGCCCCCGGCCACGUCCUGUCUCCAGCGUCACCCCCGGGGUGAGGUCCCAAAGGGGAUGGGGGCACGGGGAUGGAGCAGCCCCACGGCAGGCGGCUGGCACGGGGUGCAGCCUGGUAAGAGCACACCGGGGUGAGAAGCGGCCCUGAGAUGAGAGAAAGGCAUGGUUCCUGCGGGUGGCUCUCCGGCGGCGUAAUAAAUGUCAAAAGCCCUGCGCACACAAAGGAGAAGGGGACAUUUGGCUACCGAGAGCGUUUGUUCCAGGAGCUGAUUUACUUUGAAGACUUAAAGCGUUCUCUGAUGCCUCCCUCUCCACUGGUUAACCCCGUUACUUUGCCAGUUAAAUAGAAAUGCAGCCGUCGUCAAUAAAGCCCUUCUGGAGGCUUGGCUGUAUAAAUUCGCCGAGCCUUUCUCUUCCCAAGCACUUCCGAGCAGAGGUGCUGUGCCGGGCAUUGCGCCCGCUUCUUCCCAGCCGGCUCAGCCUCUCCUCGACAGCAGGUCCCAGUCCCCGCAGCUUUUAUAAUGGGUUGAACUGGGAGUCCCACAAGGGACAAGGGCUGAAGGCGUGACGUUGUUUGGAAAGCCCAGGGUUGGCAUCUCUGCUUUGACACCCCUGCAGACCAGGAGUGCCACUGCUGGUUCUGCAUCGGCUGGGUAAAAACCGAAUUUGGCUCUUUGGCUCUCCUCCCCCCCUCUCCCUGCUGCUUCCCCCAGUAGCGCGUGCUACGUAUCUGCAAGCAGCCCUGAGGAGAGCAGGGAUCAUUAGCUGGAAGGAUCAGAUGAGAUAGUUUCUUAAAAGGAUUGUCUGAUUUCUCUAUUGAUCAGCCUGAUUUAAAAGGGGGAGCUGGGUCAGGGGGCAUAAAUUAUCAUUGAAGGAGGGGUGAAGGCCUCGGAGGCUGUGCUGCACUUAGCUGCAGUGCUGAGGAAUGUGUCUAGCUGGAGGGACACGAAGAGCUGAGCGCCGUGGCUGCCGGCCAAUUCAGGUCUCCUCCACGCCGAGCUGGGAAUCGAGUCAAGGGAAGUGCACCGAAACUCGCUCGGGGCCUCGCCGCCGCUUCCCGCAGCGUGGCAGCCCCUCAGCAACCACCGGGCUCGUGUGGAUGUGGGACGAGGGGGCUGAACGCGUGGCCCCCGCUUUCCAUCCAGGUUGUGGCCGUGCUGGGGUCCCCUGGGGGCUCCGGGCACCGCAGACCUGUCCCCGUGCGGUGGUGGUGGCUGCGGGCUCCCUGUGUGGUCUCCAGCAAGAUGCUGAGCCCCGGGAGGUUCCUGCCUCCGCGUCUGCAGCACGAGGUUAAUCUGCAGCCUGAGGUUGCUGCUUUCCUCUCUUGUGAUCGCUGCCCGGGGCUCCUGCGGCUCCUGCCUCGGGGGUCACGGGGCUCCCAGCCCUCGCCUUUGUCCCCACUCCAGCCUCAGGCUUAGGGGAAGAGGAGCGUGGGGACCUGCAGGGGACGUGCCCCCGUCCCUGUUGGUCACAGAGGAUAAACCACUGGGUCUCUGCGGUGCUGGCACAGAUCACCACGAAGGGUGGGUCCCGUUCGGGGGGCACCAAGCCCACCACCCCAGCUCGUUACGCAGUUAAUCCUUGCAGCACGCGCUCAGCUCCUUGGACAGCCGGUGCUGCCGGAGCGUAAUUACUAUUCACUCAAGGUACGGCUACCGGAGCACAUGAUAGCACAAGCAGAUUACCGCCGAGCUGCUGGGCAGUGGUGUGUUUGUAUCUGUCUGGGUGUGGGGAGCACCCAUUUCCCCAGCACCUCUGCCCGCUGAGCACCCCCUGCGCUGGGCUCAGCACCCGCCAGGCCGUGCUUCCUGCUGCUCUGUGCCCGGGGGGCAUUUGGGCUGGAGCAGGAGGGGCUCGAGGCCAGGGGUGCUGCACGUGGGAUGGGAACCGCUGCCCUUCGAGGUGCAUACAGCCUCAGGCCCCUGCUUUCAUCAUCGGUGAUGGUGGAGCCUCCUGUGCAUCGGCCGGCAUCUGUCUCUGCUUAGGGUUCGCAUUUGCAUCUCGGGCUGUGCUGGCCGGGGCUGGACCAGGGGGACGUGCAGUGGGGUUGUGCCUUGGAUGUGGGGCUACCCCAGCCAUUAUGGGCUGGCUGACAAAGAGGAACACUUGCGGGAUGCUGCAGCCUCCCCAAAAGGGCUUUGUGCCCUUUACAACCCCACUGGGGUUUGUUCCUGUUGAGCCUCGCUCCCCUUUUAUUUCUGCCUGCGCCACAAUAAAACGACACAAGAAAUGGGGUGGCUGGGCCAUUAGCGGGGUAAAUCAAAACAGAGCUGGGGGCGGGGGGAGCCUGAGGUGCCCCCCACGGGCCCAUGGGCUCAGACCCUGUGUCAGUGGCCACCAGCAAGCGGCCGCUGGCCGGCAUUAUCCUGAAAAUGUCACCGGGAUGCCAGCCCGCCGCUCCGCGCCAGGACGCGGCGGGAGGCGAUGACUCGGCUUGCUGGCAUUGGCUACCAUUUUAGAGGAAAUGUGGAGCGGCGGGUAAUUAUUUCUCCUUCUUAAUUGAAAUUUCAGCCUCAGUGGUUUGCUAGAACGUGCAGGAGAAGGAGCACAGGCGAGCGUGACACGCGGCGGGCUUGCCACGGGCCAAGGGGGAGAGCGGGCGCAGGGAGCCUGCGGGCUGGCAAAGCAUCGUGUGGGGACCGGCACCAUGGGGAGGGGAUUUCCACAGCCCCCCGCAUCCCCUUCCUGCCCCUCCAUUUGCAACGGGAAAACAACCCUAAAAAUGCAGCGGUUUUAAUGUUUUUUAGGGGGGGGGGGGUGUUUGCUUUAUUGUUUCUUUAUUCCUCUAUUUUGCUUGGGAUGGAGGGCCAAUUAAAUGAAAUUACGCGCUGCAGUCUGGCACCCCGCGCCGGCUCGGAGCAAUCAGGUGUAACGCAGCAUGGCUGAUGAGAGCCAAUCAAGAUGUAUAAAUGAGGUGUUGACAUUCAAACAGCAGGUACCCGUGCCGCCGAGCGCCAGCCGCCCUCGCUGGCUGUUGGGACCGCGCGACGGAGCCAGGCGUGAGGCUGCGGCACGCAGCACGAGGGCCGCGGCCUGGCGGGGCACCCGGGCUCCUCUCCAGCUCCGGAUCCUUUCCUACGAAGCAGGGCAGUGGGAGCAGGGGGCUGGGUGCCCGCAGACCCCCGUGCCCGGUGCCGCCACGUCCCCGCAUCCCACCGGAUCGUUGGCACCGCUCCUGGGGUCUCUUUGGGGAAACUGAGGCACGAAGCAAGAUGGGGGCACUCAGGUCAGCAACGCCUGCCUGGCUUUAUGGGGAGAGCGAAAGGUUAGGGGUUGCGGGGUUGGUGGGGUUGGAGGACAGGAGGAGGGUUUUUGGGGCCACGGGGCUGCCGGUGCAGGAUGCGGCCCCGCAGCGGGGCGGGCGCGGGGCCGGUGCCGCUGCACCGAGCGGAUCGAAGGCGCUCGGGGCCGUCCGGGGAGGAGAAAGCAGCUCCGUGGCGAUCAACCUCAUCAGCAUUUCCUGUCUCACGAUGGAGAAAUGGCAUGUGGUGAGAGGCUCUAAAAAUAGGCUCAGCAAACUUUUAACCGCAUUUGCAGAUGUUAAAGGUAAAACCGGAGCGAGCCGGCGAGAAAACACGCCCUGGCCGUGCCUCGGCGGCGUUCACCCAGGGCCAUCCGGGGUGGGAAGCAGCCGCCCCCGGGGGGGGGGCAGCGGGACCGAGCCGCCGUCUGGCCGCCCCGCUCUGCUCUGCGUCCCCGUUAGGCGCGCUGGGGAAGGCAUUAGGAGCAGGAGCACGUAGAGGCAGGCUCUGUCUAACAGCGCUGCCGGCUGACCCUGAUUUGUAGCAGGGCUGAGCGCGGAGGCUCGCUGUAGCGUUACAGCUCUUCCUGUGGUAAUCGCCGGCACGCGGUCGCACGCAUGGCGCUGCCGGCGGCGCGGGGAGGGGACGGGGAGCAAAGGAGAAGCUGCUGCGGCACGAGGGGUGAGAGUGCCACUUGGAGGGGGCACGCCGGGACGCACGCUGCCGCGGCGCGAGCAGUGUGGGCACCGGUGCUGCUUGGCCUGUCCCCAUCCCUGUGUCACCCCAGUGUCCCCGCGGAGUCAUUUGGGGACAGCGGCUAGGAGUGCCAGCUCUGCUCCCAGCUGACAUUGGGGACCUUCUCGUGUAUUCACCAGGACAAGGUGACAAACGGCAGGGGGGUGCCAACCUGCGCCCAUCGGCACGGUGGUGACGGCGAGGUCCCCGUGCGCCAUCCCAGGGCUGCGGCCGUCUCCACGCGUUCAUCCCUGGGGACUUGCGUAGGGAAAAGCCCUGGGUGGAGACGCAAAGCCCGAGCAUGGAGCCAGGCUCUGGCACUGCCGGCCGUGCCCGCGGCGGGCUGUCGAGGCACGCUUUGCCCUGGCGAGAUGGAGCCAGGAGCUCUGCCACCGCCCCGGCACUGCCGCGCUCGUGGGCGCACCCUGGGCACCGUUGUGCUUGGGAACCUGCUAGGUUGGCCUGGACCCUGGGAACGAUGAAAGACCAUGAGGGAGAAACAUGAAAGGGAAGAAAAUGAGAUUCCUCAGGUUACCUUAGUGACCCAGCUUCUGUGUCUUGCUGUCCGACAUUGCCUCUCAUUACCUGCCCUCCUGCCCGUAAUUAGUGCAUCGUCAUGGCUGCGCUUGGGGUGACGGUUUGGGGGAGCGUUCACCAGCCUUUACCUGCAGCCCUGGAGGGGAUAAACUGCCCAUCAGAGUUUUAUUUGGCUUAAAAAAUUGAAAACUGACCCUCAAGCAGGCACAAGCUAGGUGGUUGUCUCGCAACCGGGGUGCCGGGGGCAGCGCUGGUCCCCAGGGGGCUCCACUCAGUGCUCCUGCAGCAGCAGGGGGCAGGCGGCCAGGGUAGGGUCAGUUUUUUGGCAAAAGGCUUCACCUCACCGGGCAGAAUAACAGCGGGGAGCGGGAGGGGGCCGGGGCAGGCAGACAAGGAAAUCCGUUUUAUCAGACGCCGCAUAUUUUAUGAAAGCACAUUUCAGCUCUUCAGCCUUGGAAAGCUUUUCAUACCCUUUAAUUUUCUAAUAAAAAGGAAUUACGUUUGCUGAAAAGCCAGUAACAAGAUUCACUGUCAUUGUCUUUUGUACAGACCAUAAUUCCUGUCUUGGGCGCCUGCCUGCAGCCCGGGUGUGUGGCCCGAGGUGUGGGCCCUGCGGGAGCUUCCCGGGGUGCUGGGGGUGAAGGGGCACAUCCACGUGCCCAGCGUGCUCCGAGCUCGCACACGUGCCAGGCUUCACACCGGCUGGAUGGGAGCGGGGUUGGGUGCUCAGCACCACUGGACAUCACCCAUCUGCCCCAAACCCGCCGGCACCCCAGCCUACAGCACCAUUCCCCACCCUGGCAAAGCGUUUUGCGAUGCUUGCACAGGAUCAGGAUUUGGGAGGGUUCCAGGGAUGGGUUCAUUGGGGAACGGUGCUCACUGCACCCCAUACAGCAGCAGGACCCGCUGCUGCACCAUCCUGAUGGUUUCGCACCGCCAGGCACUGCGGGUUCCCCGUCCCCAUCAGGGAGGAGCUCAGCAGGUCCCGCGCCACCCCACCCACCGCAUCUCCGAUUCGGGGUUUUAUUGCAGGUGAUUUAUGUUUUUCCUGAUGGGGAAGCGUUGCGGCGCCGUCCGGCACUGAUCCGUGCUUUGUGCGUGGGUAGGGAAUCUGCGUGUGUAGGGAGGGGAACGUUCGUCACACGCUGCCUGCAUCACACGGGCUGAGGCUGGAGCGGCGACUGCCCGGCACCCGGGGGGAUCUCCACGGUGCCUCCGGCAGAGCCCAGGUGUGCAGGAGCCACCAGCUCCCGUGCCCUGGCCCUGCGGGGACGUCCCUCCCCAGCACUGUUUGAUGCAGGGGGGCCGUCCCCAUCCCGUCCCCCACAGGUCCCCAAAACAUCAGAAGAGCCGGUGGCAGCCCAGGAGCUCUGCGGCGCGGCCUCGCUUCCUCCAGCUCCUCUUUUGGAGGCUGCAGCCUCUUGAACCAAGCAGCAAAAUGGGGAAUUUGUUGCUAAAUUAGUACUUGAGAGCGGUGCAAUGCCCAGGCUGGGAUAACGGCUGGUUUCUGAGUGAGACUUUUUAAGGUCUUUGGGAUGGAUGGCCCAGGUCGCGCUUACACAAAAGUCAGAGCAAGCAGAUGUCUCUGUGGCCACCAAGGCCAGCACACGAGCUUGCACGGAGGCUCAGCCCGGUGAUCCUGGUGGUUCCCAUCCUUCCCAGGCUGGGUGCCAGCCCUGCACCUCCCGCAGGCUUUUAUCCCCCUUGCAGGGUGCAGGACCCGGCGUGCAGCCCCCGGCGGCGCGGCGUGCCCAGGUGGGGAGGAGGCGGCGGGCAGCGUGCUGCGCCGGCCGGCCCCGCUCCGUCAAUGCCCCAUUCACAGCCACCAUCAAAGGGCGUCUGUGCGGGGAGACGGGGGAUUCAUUACUCACUCCUCACCAUUUGUUCGGCUGCUGCUCGGAAAGGAAAAGCAGAAAACGCUCGAGCCGGCCCUGUUGGGAAGCAGACGCGCUGCAGCGGGGCCGGGGAUGGCACCGAGGGACACCAAGCCCCCGGCGCAUCCCGGCCACGCUGGCGGCGGUGGGAGCACUCCGCGGGCUCUCUUGCUGCUCGAUGCCCUCCCGGUGCUCUGACUGUGGCCGUGCUGGUGCCGUGCGAGCCCCCGGCGCGCUGCCACGUGGCGCCGGAGCCGCGAUGGCGCUGCCACCGGCGCUGCUGCUCCCUCCGCGAUGCUCAUUUGAAGUUCCAGCUCGCAGGCUGGGUUCACGCAGGGGGGGAUGCAGAACCAGCCCGCAAACAGAAAUAAAUAUCUUUCGCUCCCCCCCCCUUCCGUUUCUCAUUUCCAUUCUUACUUCCCAGCUGGUUUUGAGGGGGGUUCGGGUUUUCAAAGCUUUCCGUAAACGUGUAUAACAAUAGGAAGCGUUGCCUUUUAGCCUGCGGCCGGCACAGUUUUAAAUGAGGUCCCAGGUAGUCAUGGUUACCUCUCCUCUUCAGUAAGAGAUGACUUUUAUUUCCUGCCUUUUGUAUUUGCACAUCUCAGAUAUACAUUCUCCCAAACCAUAAUUGGUAUUCACAGAUAGACGGGGCCGCGGGAGCACGCCACCGGGAGAGGGGACGAGCCAGAUGGACACGGGCGGCAAGGUCUCUGAGCCCCUAGACGUCAGGAAAUCUUCAUUUCCCCUCGUUUUUCCUCCCCGGGAAGGGCGGGGGGGCAGACCUACCUGCCUGCCUGCUGCCCCGGGGCUCAUCCUGAUCCCACCUCCCUCGCGUUAUCCCACGUCAGGGGUGCUGCCCGGCACCGUUGGGUUCCUCCCAUCCCCAUCCAUUGGGCUGCGGGGGUCCUGCCCGUGACGGGGGGCUCCGUCCCCACCUCCUGCCCUUUUAUUUUUGGGGUGGCGGGAGGGAACGCGGAGCUGCAGGAGCGUGCUCCAGCAGCGGGCACGGCGCGUGUGCGAGGGAGGGAGACGCGCUCGGCGGUGAUUGAUGAAAGAUCAUAGCCUCAUUCCACAGGAUCAUUGCUCAGAGUGCGGGCAAAGCUGCGCGUCCCAGGGGGACCAUCGCCGGGAUGCGUGCGAGCCUGUGUUUCAGGGCAGAGGGGAUGGAAAGCCACAUAUUUCAUGCCUCUUUUUUUUUUUUUUUUUUUCCCCUUUCUCUCUAAAGCACCAGGAAAACAAAAAACCCGAGCUGUCUAAUCAGAGACAAGCAGAUUCCACCCACUUCCUUGGAAAACUUGCAUUUGCUAGGAAAUCAUCUAGCUGCAUUUACAGCAAGCAGAGUGCCCCAGCGGUAGCUCGUGCCUUUCUGGCAGGAUGAUAACCAGUGCUGAACAAUUACUGCGAUGUAACGGUAGCAGCAGACAUAUUGGCUUUUCUCAGCCAGCAGGAAAGAAUUUGCAAAACUAAGCAGGCGGCUGGAGCAGCUCGCGCUCGCAGCUCUGGGUGCGCGGUGCUGGGGAUUCGCAGCUCACCAUAUUUGCUGGUGGCAGCAUAUCAGUGACUCGCACGCCGCAUGCACCUGGGCUCCUAUUUACAUUUUUUGCAGGGGAAGGGCCCAGCUCUGCUCCCUGGAAAAUGCCUCCGGUUGGCAGCUUCCCCGCUCCCCUCGCACGCACGCAGCCCUCCAGGUGUGCGCGCGCUUGGCCGGUGGGGAGAAGCUGUUUGCCUUCUUUUUUUUUUUUUUUUUUUUUUUUUUUUACCUUUUCCUAAUGAGAAAAAUGUGUUCUUGUCAAGGAGGCUGUCCUUAAAAAAUACAGGGCUGGGAAGAAAGGCGGCCGGCUCCGUGACAUUUACCUCUGCGGGGCUGUGUUUGAUGUGCAGUGCCCGGGAGCCUGCCCCGUGCCAGCCCGGCUUCCCGGAGCAGCGUGGGGAGAAGAAGGAUGAGUGCCGGUGCUCCCAGCACAGAAACCACCGUGGGCACAGCCCCAAAUUCCUCCUCGGGGCAAAGCUCAUUUGCUGGCUUUGACUCCUGCCCAAUUCCCCUCUCAGGUGGGGAUGUGGGGGAUUGCUGGAGCGACUCCCGUCGUGCAAAGGCUUUGAUCCUUCCUGGGCAAAACUCUCCCCAGCUGCAGGUCGUGCGAGCACCCUUGGCUCCUGAGCGCAGGAGAGGUGGAGAAGUCACUUCUCUAUCCUCACCGCAGGUUUUGGCCAGAUUGGGUUUGGAGCUGGGGUCUGCUCACAUUCCCCGCUUCUGCGUGCUCGCAGCAAUCCCCUUCCCAUCCAGAGCAUUUCUGCGAGCGAUUCUCCGAGGCGGAGAAGUGGCAGGGUUUGGGCGAGGAUUCGCACCCUGCUCCGCGUGGGCAAGCCGGGGCUGGAGCCAAAGCCCCGGGGCAGCAGCGUGCCCGGCAGACCCGUGGCUGGAGCAUCCCCAGCACCUUCGUGCGGGGCAAGGCCAGCCGGGUAGAGCCGUGCCCGGGCUGCGCUCACCGGCCCCGCUCGGGAUGCAAACUGCACAUCAGUUGCACCAGCAGCUGAUGGAGACUCCAGUAUAUUAGCAGCAUUAAUUAAGUUACAAAAAUUAUGCAUGUUAUCAGUUAUGAGACGACCUUUCAUAAACUCAGUUAUUAAAGCAAUAAAGCAUGACCCGCUGGUCCUAACCAGUUUAAUGGCUGGCUAAGAGUGCGGUUUUUCACAUAAUACUUUUAGCAGGUCAUUAGCUGAGCAAUAAGAUAACAUGGAGAGCCUAAGUGAUGCGCUUGAGCAGCAGCAGAGAUGGACACGCGCUCGAUGGGGGGGGACGGGGGCUGGGGUCACCCGUCCUCCCGCGCCGCUUGCCAGGCGGGACCGGUGCCGAUGCGCUCGGAGGCUGCAGUUUGUGCUUGGGGAGGGCGACCCACGGCUGCUGCCGGGGCUGUGCAGUGCCAAAAUCCCGGCAUCGUGGCCAAACCCAUCCCUGGGGCUGCUCCGGGGCAGUUACGGGGUGGUGUUGGUCCUUUUGGAGCCCUGGUAUUGCUGCUGAAGUGCUCUGUGCAGAAGGGACACGGGGUGUCAUGAUGGGGCCACCCCAGAGCUGUGGCUGUGGCUGUUGGAGGAUGGAAGACCCUGUCCCUGUGUGGGGUUAGGAUGGAUGGCAGAGCCUGGGUUCCCCUGAUCUUAUUUAAUGAAUGGUGCUGGUCUCACCGGGCUGAAAUGCCCCCUUUUGGGGAUGCCCAGCAUGGUCCCUGUGUCCCCGCCGUGCCACUGCAGCACCCGCUGGAGACACGCCACGUGUCCAGGGCCACCAGGAGACAGCCACCGAGCCCAGGCCACCAGGUCCUGCCCCCUCCACGUGCCGUCGCUGUCACUGAGCACGUCCUAGCCGGAUGCAGUGCCCGUCCUACCCGCAGCCACAGCACGGCACCUGGAGAGCCGCUGCGCACCGCCAGCCCCCCCAGCACCCCCAGAGCGCCUUUCCCUGUCCCCAUCAGACGUUUCCAAGCACUGACCCUCUCCAUAAACAAAGGAGAGGGAGAGGGAGGGUGGCUGGCAUGUUAAUAUACUCUCCCCCCCUCUUUUCCUCCCUUCAUCCCUCUGGGAAAGGCCUUUGCAGAUAUAAGCAAACCUUGAUUAAAAGCUGCCUGACAGGCAACGGCAGCAGCAAGCAGCAGGCAAGGAAGCUCUCCAAGUCCAAAGGGAGCUGCUUCUGCUGCUGCCGCUGCUGCCUCCAUUCUCAGAUGUCCCUGAUCCUUUAAUCAAUCACAGCCGCGGAAGAGAAGAGCAAACACACAUGCUGAGGCAGAGGUAUGUGCAUGCAUUCAUUCCAGCCGGAGCGCAGGCACCAGGGCGGACGCACGCAUUUGGCUGCGGGCGCAGGGCCGAUCCCACGCGAGGAGCUGGCCCCCGCUCCCCCAGGGCCACCAGGGCCGUGUCCCCAUCCCUGAUGGCCACGUGGGACCCAGUCAGGGGCACGCUGUGAGUGGGACGGGCACCGGGGUGGCUGCAGUGCCCAAGACAUCUCCCAGGAGGGGAUGCUCCCCGGUCCUGAGCAGCAAGCAGGGGGGCUGAGCGAGGGGAACACGAUGGGUUUUGGGGAGCUGCAGGGACGGGGACGGCUGCGGGACACGGAUCAGCCCCUUGCUGCCCGUCGCACCUCGCCGCCCAGUACCCAAAUCCAUCCGUCCUUCGACGGCCGGGCACGUGGUGGCCGGGGGUCUCUUCGCCUCCAGCCCCGCGGCCUCGUCCCCCAGCACCACCUCGAGGAGAAAAACGCCUCCCGGGAGGAUUCGUCACCGUUCCCCCGCCGCGGCUGCGGGCUUUGCUCCUCGGCACGGCUCGAGACGGGGGCGGAGGGAGGGGAAAACGCGUCGCUUCGAUCAAACCCAGCCGAAGCCACUCUCCUCCGCCGCGCGUCCCCGGCCGAGGCUGCGCAGCGGCGGCGGGGGCUCUGCCGCCAGGGGUAGGCAGGGACUGCGAUUUCCUUGGUUAUUUUUGCCCGUGCUUAUUUUUAGCGCCGCGGCUUAAUACCUUGUGACAGUGCCCUGGGACGCACCGCGCCUCCCCUCGAGCGAGGAGGUGGCCGGGGCAGAGCCGCAAACGAGUCGCGGCCACGCGGGGGCUAACGAGGCACCGUCCCCUAACGGGGGUCCCGGGGGCUGGGGGGGUGGCAGGGCUGGAUCCGUGCACUGAAUUUCUUGGGGCUCGGCAGGGAAGGACUCACAGCGGCCCUGUGAAGCUCCCUGGCAGGAAUCUGUUUUUUUUUUUAAGGCCUUUUCUGCGUUUUAAAAAUAUCACCGUGGUAGUGACUGGCCCCAGCUGCUCCCCAGGGGCUGUUUGCGAAGCAGGGCUGGGGGUGUUGGUCUUUUCGGUGCUUUGGGCAGGGACCACGCGGGCGCCAGGGGAUGCUGGAGCGGCACUGGCCUGAAACUGCCCUCCUGGAGCUGGCGACGCUGCCUUUUGGCAUGGGUCGGGCAGUUUUUCCAUGUGCUGGGCUUUGGGUUACCGCUCUCAUUGAGACCCAUGAGGGUUUCUUCCUGGCAAAGCAGGGGCAGGCAGGAGAGGCGCGGGGAUGCGAGAUCGGGCAGGGAGCCAGAGGCAGCACCACGCUGCAGUGCCAAGAAACCAUUGGGAACCCCCAAAAUCUGUCCCUGGCAGGGGGAGCGGGGCAGGCCGAGCCCUCCCAGCCCAGCCAGGGGGUCACUGGGACCCCGGCUGGGUUCUGGCUGCGGUCGUGGCAGGCGUCUGCUCGCGGCUCAAGCCCAUUAGUAACGGAUCUUUGUGGAAUAUCCCCCUCAUUAAGGCGAGCUACCCUACGUGUCAAAGAAGCUUUAUAAAGAAAUUAUACUCCGCUCCUUACAGGCUGUGCAUAUGUAAAUGGCGCGAUACACAAUCCCUAAUUGAGACAUCAUGGGGCCGCUCAGCCCCGGGACCCGUGGGAAUCCCAAACCUUGCGGGGAAGCCGCAGCGGGGGCAGCGGGGGGCUCGGGGGGCACCGGGGGACGCGUCCCUGCCACCCCCGUGUCCGGCAGCCCCGUGUCCGUGCGGGGAGCGGGUGGGAGCCACGGAGAUUUUUAGGGCAUGGGAAAUGUCUGGGGCAUCGGGGCGAGGGGAAGGGGUUUCUGCCCUCCCUGCCGGCUGUAGGGAUCGGAUGCGGGGAGUGCCAGCGAGUCCCCGAGCUUUCAAUCAACGCCGGCUCACGCCAGACGGCUGCACAAUUGGCCGUCUCGCUAAUGGCAGCGUCCCCAAGCGUGGCUCCCAGCGGCCGAGGCUGCCAGGCGGUUUUCAUCCUGCUUUAGCUCAGCAGCGGGACGGAGCGGGGAUGGCCGCGGGGCCCCAGCUCGCCUCCUGCUCCCCGUGGCCACGGUCGAGCCAGGACGGUGCCACAGCUGGGGGAUGGCAGCGGUGCCACCGACGCACGGCUCUGCUCCUGCCGGCGGUGCCAGGGCACGAAGCUCGGCCACGUGGAGCCACGUCACAGCGCCUGUGGAUCCUCCGAGUCCUCCGCACUGCUCCGUGUCUCGCCCAGGGGAAAACCCAGCUUAUCCUCCUCCCCGAUUUCAUCGGGACUUUGCCAUGUUAUCUGCCCGGUGGAGGUCCCGGGCGCUCACCUUCUCCUGCUUAUUCUUUUUUAUGUGAAGACUCGCUGUACCUUCGGGGAUUGAAUCUGCCAAGUAACAUUCAGUUUUUCAAGGCUGGGUUGGGGUGCUCCGGGAUUUGGGAGAAGCUGGAGCAAGGCGCUGGAAAGCUGUGAGCCUCAGCAUCCCGGUGUUGGAUGGCCUUGGAGCUCAUCGCAGGACACCAAGGGGCACCGAGGGACCACCGAGAGACACUGAGGGACACCAAGGGACACCGAGGGUCACCAGAGGACACGGAGGGACAGCGAGGGUCACCAAGGGACACCGAGGGACACCAAGGGCCAUGGCAAUCCCAUGCACAGUGCUGGCACCUGUGCUUGCCUCUCCUUUCCAGGAAGGAGAGCGUAGGCCUGCUCUGGACACCCCCUUUUGGACAUUUUAGUGUCUUUUUCUCCAGCAGAGCCCCUCCAGCAUCCCCCCACCCAAAGACCUCAGCAGGAUCCGGGGCAUCGGCGUGUCCUCCCGCAAACACAGCGGCGGUGCGGAGGGGAAACAAGCCCCUUAUGUAUUUUUUUUGGCACCGCAUUCCUAAUCAGCACGACCCACCGGCACGCCGCCACGGGUGCGCGGCUCGCUGCUAUUUACGGCGACUACUUGAGAUACACCUGCGAGAGGGAAGAGCAGCGCCAGCAAGUCAAUAACCCAGCAGCCCUCCAGAACGAAAACACCCGCGGGGGCGCGCCUGCGGAAUGAGGAGAGAUGCGGAGGUUUGAGGGAAGGGGGAAAAAAAAAAAAUAGGAAAAGAAACGCAAUCCCGAGGCUGAGGGGGUCAGUCCCA